CGAAGAGAAGCCGGGGAAAAAGAGAGGGGAUAACUCUCGCGGUCCCGGCCGUCUCCUUCCUUCAUGGAUAGGACUUCCCCACUCUCUCGGUGGUGUUGAUGUUCUCUCUCUUCUUACGGCAGUUCAACGCCGGUCGUGCAAUCAGUAUGGUUCAAUAUUCGUUUCGUUUACGUAUAUGUUUGGAGUUUGAAAAAUUCGACGUGAAAAAGCAAACAAGUUUAUGCUCAACUGUGCGUGAAUCUUCUUCAACGCGCGUUAUGUUACUGAUAUUAUUAAAAUAAUUUCAACACUGUGACUUGGACUGCCCAGUUCUACUACAAUACUAUUAUGUAGAGUUUCAAUUUUCUUGAGUGAAUCUCCGACUGGACUGUUGUGUACCAACGCCAGAUGUAUCAACAUAACCUCAAAGGAACAAAGAACAAUGCUACUCUAUUGUGAAUCUUACUGACGAUUUUGUUUUUUUCUCCAAUGCAUCUACCCUUGAAAAAUCUAUUUAUGCAGUCAAAGGCUGAUAAUAAUAAAAUUAAAAGAAUUGUGCAUAGAAAUAAACGCAGAUUGAUAAUAUUCAGUGAUUAACGGACUGAGGCUGUCAUUGUCCAAUCACCCAGGAAAUCAUUGUUUAACAUUGCGGACAUUAAAAAAAACGCACAGACCAAUUCGAAACGCUAGGAAUUCGUCGAUUUUAACUGACAGUCCACGAAAUGGUGCUCGGGUGAUAGUAAAAAAAAUAACGCUAAAAGGGUGGUGUGGAGCGUUUAAAUGUACGAUUGUACUCUCUAUUGAUAUCAAAUGAAAUGACCACAAGUCAUGGAUGUUCUCGAGACACGAUAGAGCGCUAUCAUCCCCUCCUUUACACCGUAACGGAUGGCCUUGUAUUCUCUCCCGAUACCGUGUGAUACUAUGAUUACCCAAAUCACUAUUGUUGUUUAAAAUGAUGUAUCAAUAAUGAACAGCCUAUCUUGGACGUUUUAUCAAUAAUUGUUGUUCAACUAUUUUUCAAGACUCAUUGUAUCGAGAAUAUCAAUUGUUUGGAAAUUCAUAAAUAACUACUUUAAAAGAUGUAAAAGUAUUAUUAAGUUUCCAUUCAAGCAGAGGUAAAAAAUAUAUACUAUUAGUGAUAUAAAAGAGAAGAGAGACAGAGUCAGAAAAAAGCUCAUACUGCAAAUAACGCUUACCGGCCAGAUGGGUUAAGCACAGUGGCGACUCGUUUCACACAUUGUAAAAUGGCGCCCAUGAAACCACAACGACAGCCAUUUGAAAAUCUUGAUGAAGGCCAGGGUCGUUGGUGGUUGAAAAUUACUGAAACAAAUAUUAAACUAGUAAUCAAUUAUCAAUUUAAAAUUCAAAGAACAUGAAUAGAAAGGAGUAUACUUAAAAUACAAUCUGAGUAUUUUUCUACUUUCGUAAUUCAGAAAUGAUUGGUAUAAAUCCCAUUAGAAAUUGUGAAUAGUGAAAAGAAUAUAUGUCCUGCCUUUUUCUAUGAUUUCUACAUUAUUUUAAUCAGAAAAAAAAACGAAAGAAUAUAAUAUUAAUUGACUAUUGAGAAUAUAUAAUAAAAGAAAAGAAGAGAAAUGAAUCUGGAUGGUGGAUAGUGGGGUUGCAGUGUUGCUGACAACCGAUCCAAGAGGUUCAUGUUAUGCCUCGUUGGAGUCAUUGAUGCCUCAGUGCACCAACACCAGUGAAAAUCAGUGAGGCGAAUUUGGUUGGUACCUGACAGACUUACAACAAGAGGAAUUGGGUUGAAGAGGAGGAGGUAGCGGAGGGACAUGUGAACAGGGUUGAAGCGACAAAUCUUUUGCACUAGUAAAUUGUACACUGUCGGAAGUCAAUUUGGCUGUGGAUGGAAGAACGAUAUACUGGAGUUGAGUUGAGCCAAGAUGAAGAUUUCCGGGGUGGAAGCUAGUGUACCCCUUUUAGGUGCUGUUGCACCACGCUGUGUCGUCAAGCAAGCCACUGUCAAACGCUGUGUUGCUGCAUUACUACUCAUUUCGGUUGGCAGUAUAUUUUACUAUACUCAUUACGUGAUUAGCAGUCCAUUAUCGAGCCUCAUUCACCGUGACACGAGACCAGAGCCAUCGAUAAGGUGUUCAACUUUAAAGGGAGCCACGAGACUGCCAGCAGCUCCAGAUCAUCGAAGCGAAGCCAGACUUAGAAUCGAUCCCAAAGUUUUGGUUUUCGUCGAGACAUUGUAUUCUCGAGUUGGAAGGGAAAUAGCUGAAUUACUUGUCUACAAUAGAAUCAAAUACAAAGUGGAAGUAACUGGAAAAUCAUUGCCAGUCCUGACAAACCUGGAUAAAGGAAGGUAUGGCGUGCUAGUAUUCGAAAACAUCAACAAAUAUUUACAGAUGGACAAGUGGAAUCGAGAAUUACUCGACAAAUACUGUCGUGAAUACUCAGUUGGUAUUGUUGGAUUUGCUCCACCGGGGGAAGAAAGUCUCGUUGGAGCUCAACUCAAGGGGUUCCCAUUAUUCAUUCACACUAACUUGAGACUUAAGGAUGCACAACUGAACGCUGUUUCACCUAUUCUGAGGCUGACGAGAUCCGGGGAAACUGCCUGGGGGUCGUUACCUGGAGGUGACUGGACGAUUUUUCAACCAAACCACAGCACGUAUGAACCGCUGGCAUGGGCGUACCGAGACAGUUUGGAUUAUACUAGCCAAAAAACACCACUUGCCACGGUCAUUCAGGAUCAUGGAAGGUACGACGGCAUUCAGAGAGUGCUGUUCGGUGGUGGCUUACGCUUCUGGCUUCACAAAUUAUUACUCUUAGAUUCGUUAUCCUACUUGUCACACGGACAAUUGAGUCUGAGUCUUAAUCGCAUGGUGUUAGUGGAUGUUGAUGAUAUAUUCGUCGGUGAAAAAAGUACGAGACUUAAAAAAGACGAUGUUCUUGCUCUUCUGGCGACACAACAAAGAAUUCAAACUCUUGUACCAGGUUUCAAAUUUAAUUUGGGGUUUUCCGGCAAGUAUUUCCAUCACGGUACAGUGGAGGAGAAUUUAGGAGACGAUAUGUUGCUCGAAAACGUCGACAGAUUUACGUGGUUUUCCCAUAUGUGGAACCAUCAGCAGCCCCAUCUUUACGAGAAUGUAACACAUUUACAAACGGACAUGGCACUUAACAAGCAAUUUGCCAAAGAACAUGGAAUUCCAACUGUUAGUGGUUACAGUGUAAGUCCUCAUCAUUCUGGAGUUUAUCCAGUGCAUGAAGGACUGUACGAGGCAUGGAAGAGAGUAUGGAACAUCAAAGUGACAAGUACAGAGGAGUAUCCACACCUGAGGCCUGCAAGACUGAGGCGUGGCUUCAUUCAUCGUAAUAUUAUGGUACUACCUCGACAAACUUGCGGCUUAUUCACACACACUAUUUUCAUCGAGAGAUACCCAGGCGGGAGAGAUAAAUUGGAUGAGUCCAUACAGGGUGGUGAAUUAUUUCAAACAAUUGUUUACAAUCCCAUUAAUAUUUUCAUGACGCACAUGUCCAAUUAUGGUAAUGAUCGUCUCGCACUGUAUACAUUUGAAUCAGUCAUUAAAUUCAUCCAAUGCUGGACAAAUUUACGGCUCUCGAGUGCUCCACCUCUUCAGUUAGGAGAAAGAUAUUUCCAACUCUAUCCAGAAGAAGCUGAUCCUGUCUGGGGUAAUCCCUGUGAUGAUCAGCGACACCAAAAAAUAUGGUCGCGGAAUAAAACGUGUGACCAAUUACCGAGAUUUCUCGUUAUUGGACCGCAGAAAACUGGUACCACAGCUUUGUAUACAUUUCUAUCAAUACAUCCAGCAAUUAGCAGCAAUUUACCGAGUCCCGAUACCUUUGAGGAAAUUCAAUUUUUCAAUGGUAAAAAUUAUUACAAGGGGCUCGAUUGGUAUAUGGGUUUCUUUCCAGCAUCGAAAAAUGAGAGCUCCCGCUAUCUAUUUGAAAAAUCAGCGACAUAUUUUGAUGGAGAACUUGUUCCAAGGAGAGCGCACGCUCUUCUGCCGAAAGCAAAAUUGAUAACGAUACUAUUAUCACCAGCCAGGCGAGCUUAUUCCUGGUAUCAGCACACACGAGUACACGGGGAUCCGGUGGCUAAUAAUUACACCUUUCACGCGGUAAUAACGGCAAGCGAUACAGCGCCAAAACCAUUAAGGGAUCUUCGGAAUAGGUGUCUAAAUCCGGGUAAAUAUGCUCAGCAUCUCGAAAGAUGGCUCUCUUAUUAUUUACCCCAGCAAUUGCACAUAAUUGACGGUGAACAGUUACGUCAGAAUCCAAUAGAGACGCUUCACGAGCUUCAGAGAUUUUUAAAAAUAACACCGGCAUUUAAUUACUCAACGCAUUUGCGAUAUGACCCAAAGAAAGGAUUCUUCUGUCAAGUAACUAAUGAAGAUCGGACAAAAUGCUUAGGGAAGAGCAAAGGUAGACAAUAUCCGCCGAUGGAAGACAGGUCGUACAAACUUUUGCAGAGGUACUACCUCUCUCAUAAUACAGCUCUAGUCAAGUUGCUGAAGAGAUUGGGAUCGAGAACGAUACCUCAAUGGUUGAAAGAUGAUCUUACUGACACUGUCAUGACCUAGCAAACGAUAAUUGGAUCAAUGAAAUUCACUAUCUCAUUGUCAACAAUUUCAGAGUCAUGGAGUUGGUCUUGGCAGCGGUGACGCUAAUAUAUUAAUUAUUUAACAUUCCACUGAACUUAUUGACACCCUGGGGCAUCGUCUACUCGGUGAGAUGAUUGCAGAGCCUAUUCAGUGAAUCGAGAACGCCCAAUGACGUCUAUGGAGCCAUAAUAAUAUUUAACAAACAAGCUAGUCGGUGAAAUUUUGGAGCUUGGAGAAUUUUCUAAUUGAGCGAAAUGAGCAAAUUGUGUCAGAAUCGGAUGGAAUAUCUCCAUGAUAAAUUCAUUCAAACAAUCAUUUUGAAGUAACGCUGUUUUUUUUUUCUUUUUUUUUUUACUUCCGAAUAAAAACAUUAUUCGUUCUUGGCAUAUUUUUUCUACUAUUAUUUUUUUCCUUGUAAAAAAUACUAUAUUAAACCGAAAAAAUCAGUGUUACUAUGAUGAACAGACCCUAGUUAACAAGUGGUGAGCAUAAACUCUCAUUCCGUUUUGAAAUGACAAAAUUUUUCAAAGUGGCAAAACUUCAGCAUCUUCAUAAGAUUGUUAAUAAUAUUUAGAGAAACAAAAAAUACAACAAAUCGGCUGACAUUGACUGGUUUACUGGACCAAAGGAGUCGAUUGAAUAAUUAAAAUUGGCAAUGGAAAUUUUUAGUAUCAUAAUCAGAUCAUAAAUGAAUGUCAUUCUAAAAAUUAUUAUAAAAGUUUAUAUUUCUUUACGAAGAAAUUUUACAAGAAGAAAAAAAAAUAAUGUCGGGCACUUAUAAUAAUUCUAUGUAUAUUUUGACAAUAUUGCAAGUGAGUUUGCGUCCAUCCUUGUACAUUAACAGACGCAUACUUUCACGUCAAAGCGGUAUAAAAUGUUUUUUUUUUUUAUAUAAUUUAAUAUUAAUUCAUGUUAUAUUUUUUAUUUAUGAAUAAACGUCCAUUGUACAGUAAAAGAAAAUCUACAUAAAUGUUUACUUCGCUUAAAAAUUGUAUAGAACUUAUGCAACUGCUCGCCACGAAAAAUUAAAUAAAAAAGGAAACAUUGUAAUCAUUAAAUAUUUGUUAUAUGAGUUGUGAACGUUCCUCCCAAUUUUUUAUUUUUUAAAUAAUUCAAUCAAUCUAUGUUUUGUCGAUGUUAUGGCGAGAAGAAACAAAAUUUAACGAAAGAACAUGUAUAAAAUUUAUUGUUGUCAGUGAGAAACGAGAGCAGCACUUUUCUGUUAUUCCUCGUUAUCAGACGUGCCAUUUAAUGCCAGUAUUGUAAAUAUUGCCAGUUCUACAUUAUUGAAAAACCCCUGGGAGAAUCAUUUGUUAAAUUAUAGAUCCGAUCGUUAAUUUCUGAGAACGAUUAACUCCAUUGUCAUCUGACAAUAAACAAACAGUGAAUCAAAAGAUUAUGAAAAGAACUGAAUAAAUACUUCCCUUCGUUAUUUAACUUGCGAUUGCUCUAUUGUAAUAUAUUGUAAUAAUAAUUGUAUGAAUAUAUAAAUAUUAAGUUCUAAUAAAAAAAUAUGGGAAAAUCAUAUUAA